AUGCUUCUCUCCUCCAUCGCCUCACGUUUUAUCAAAGCCAAUCUUGUCGUUCUUGGGGUAGUUUGGGCGACCCUCAUUCCAGACUUUUCGAAUGCGGCCCCACACGCGAGCUGUACAAACCCCAUAAUCCGAAAGGAAUGGAGAAACAUGGAUCAUGCCACUCAGAAGUCCUACCUUGACGCUGUAAACUGCCUUCUGAAGAGGCCUACGCUCUAUUCCAAGACUGUUGCCCCUGGCGCGGUAAAUCGCUACGAUGACUAUGUGGCGAUUCACAUCCAGUCAGUGUACACAGCUCAUGGCGUUGGACAUUUCCUUGCCUGGCACAGGUACUACAUUCAUCACUAUGAAAACGCUCUACGGACAGAGUGCGGUUAUACUGGUGCGCAACCGUACUGGGACUGGACCCUCGACGCGCCUUUGGGGAAGUAUGGCCAGUCGCCGAUCUGGGACGCCACCUACGGCUUCGGUGGGAAUGGUCCCUACGUCGAAGUUCCUCGUGGCACGUUUGGCAUGGUCGUCUCACCCACAGACCGCUCUGGGGGUGGAUGCGUCCCAGACGGCCCUCUCAAAGACAUGAUCGUGAACUUGGGCCCGGGAAAUAACCUGAAUGCAAACCCGCGGUGCCUUGCACGCGACUGGAGUCCUAACUUUGCUGCCCAGAACUCGAACUGGAACGUCACGAAGCAGGUGCUCGAGCAGAACGACUUCGGAAGGUUCACUAGCAUCCUGGAGAGUGGGACUGGGGCAUUCAUGAGCGGCGGCAACAUCCAUGCCGGCGGCCAUUACAGCGUGGGUGGCUACCUUGGGCAGAUGGGUGAUUUUUGGGUUAGUCCUGGUGACCCCGUGUUCUUCCUGCACCACACCAACCUCGACCGUGUCUGGCGCAGCUGGCAGGCCAAGGACCUGGCGAACCGUCUGAACGACAUUUCGGGGCCGCUCAACUACAUGGACUGGCAGAAUGUCCGAGGUGGAAACACGACCUUGGAUUACGAGUUCAACUUAGGCCCUCUCUCCGGCGACGUGGCCGUCAGGGAUCUGAUGGAUAUUAAGGGAGGGUUCCUCUGCUACGAUUACGACGAGCUUUACCCAGUCUAA